CAAACGUAGAAUAGCUUUCGGGGCAAAAGUAGUAGAUUGUACUUGAAAGAGAGAAUGGUGUUUGCACAGCAAAAUAAAACUAAACAUAACAUAGAAACCAAACAUCAACUAUCCGCAUCAACUCAGAACGCUGGCAUCUCCAAGUCCUCUAAAUCAGUACAAUUGCUGAUGCAAGAAUUAGCUAAAACACAGACCAUAUUACAGUCUCAUUCCAAUUUGUAUGGGUUGCCGAAAGAUGAAAACAUGGUUUCACCCGGCGUUUGUAAUCCGCAACAGCUAGUCUACUCCGCUACCAGCGAUAACAGCAUAGCCAAGCCAUAUAACAUGAAGAAGUUUCCAGAAACGUUCAACCCUCGCAAGGAGUUGAACAUGCCACACAAAGAAAAAGUAGAAAAAUGGAUUGUAGGAGUGCCAGCUGCACCGAUUAAUGAUAACCGCGAUGCGUGGCGAAACGCAUGCUAUAAUCCUUUGAUUCCAACGAGUGACGAGUACGAAGAAAGCGAAUGUAGUGAUUUCGAUUUCUCAGGUAACGAUGAUAUCAUUGAGUAUCAAUCUCGAAUGAUAACAUUUUUAAUCAACAAAACAUACUUCAAGGAUUCGGAGAAUGUGAGGAAAAGCGACGGAAAACUAGUCCCUGGUGGUCUGGAGUACGAUGUGUAUCUCAACGAAGGUCUUGAUUACAAUGAUUUUCAUCAGCUCAACCAAUACGAGCAGUUCGGUAGUUACAGCUUGCAUCGCUGAUUACUUUUGUAUCUGUGUAUCUUUUAGUAAUGUUAAGCUAGGAAAGAAAAGGGUAGAAAAGAAAAGCCAACAAAACAUGUGCG